AAAAAAAAAAAAUAUGAACAUUCUCCAAUAUAAUAAAAAAUAUUAAGAGAAAAAAAGCAGAAUAUAAAUAUCUCACCUCAACAGCAUUUGGAUUAAGCUCUAUUGUGUUUCCUUUGGGUCGAAGCCAACAAACGAAAAAACUCAACAAACUACCAAGUAACUCUGGUCUGUUUAUUGUGUCUGGGUUGGUUGUUUCCAAUAAAAUAUUAAAAAAGUUACUAAAAAACAACCACCUUUUCUUGCUAACAAAAGCAACAAUAACAACAAACAAAAAUACUGUCAUCACAUGUAGAAAAAAAUAAGUUUAAAUCGCAGUUUAAUAUGAAACAUACAUAAAUAUCUUGCAAAUAUCUUGUGCUUUCAAAAAAAUUCCCAUCAAGCAGAGUAUAUAUUGUUAAAAGAAAACAAAAGAAAAAAAUCAGCAGACUAUUGUCAGCCCAGACAACAACUUGAACAACAUCUUGAGUUCAAAAUCUAAAAAAAAAUCGAAUAAACAUUUUAAAUUUAUAGAAUAUUGACAAUAUUUAACUUGUUAUUGUUCUUUACAAUAUAAAAAGUUUAUUCUUAAUUGGAUUUUGUUUGUUUUUGUAUUUGCGCCCUAUACAUCAAAUGUGCUCCAUGAUUAAAUCAUCAUUUGCUGUUUUGUCUUCAUCAGUGUCAUCUUUAUUGUUGGUCGCAUGAAUCCAAGUUAUUAUAAGUUACAAAUGCCAUUAGCCGGAACAAAUUCUCAACAUCUCUAAAAACUCUUCUAAUUUUGGCUUCGUCAUUUUAAAAGACCGCCUCACCCAAGGCGGUGGUGGUUGGUUGGGCAUUUUUACACAAAAUUUCUUUUCAAACUUUUUUUUACUCCACCUACAAUUUUUUAAAAUUAUUUUUUUAUAACUUAACUAAACUAUAAAUUAAGCCAAAAUUGAUUUUAUCAUGGAUCAUGCGGUUAAAGCUACACGUGGUCGACCCUGGAAUACACUGCGUUUUGAAAAUGAUGAAUUAGAGUGUUUGUAUCAACGUUAUACGUUGAAAUUGCAACGUUUCUCGGUGCUGGGUGUAGUAGCUUUGGUUGUGGUGCUAUGUGGUGUUAUGGCAGCUUUAUCUUUAGCUUAUAAUAAUGCUCCUACAUUUCACAAUGUCUUCAAUUCAUUUGUGUGCCUGUUAUUUGCCAUAAUUUUAAUAUUGUUACAAUGUCGCGUGAUCAAAGAUCAUCAUUUACCCUGUCUGUGUUAUGGCAUUUUAUUGUUUACUGCUGCCAUUUGUAUUGUAUCGAUGCCAACAUUAGGUUCCGUGUUUCCGGUGGAUACCAAAGAGGAAGAAUCAGAGGUCAUGGCCGAAGGUGUUUGGCAAAUAGUAUUUGUGGUCUUUUUGGCUUAUGCCAUGAUGCCAUUACAAAUCUGGGAAGCUGUUUGUUUUGGCAUAAUCCUACCAUUGGUGCAUAUUAGUUUAACUGUAUAUAAAAUAUUUACAGAUUCAUUUCGUUAUUUGGAAUAUAAUCAGCUUAUUGCCAACAUUGUUAUGUUUAUUGGUGUUAAUGUGGCCGGUCUUGUGGUCAAUAUUAUGAUGGAACGUGCCCAAAGGCGGGCAUUUUUAGAUACACGCAAUUGUAUUGCUGCCCGUCUAGAGAUACAGGAUGAAAAUGAGAAAUUGGAAAGACUACUAUUGUCGGUACUACCUCAGCAUGUAGCAAUGCAAAUGAAAAAUGAUAUACUCUCACCGGUGGCUGGACAAUUUCAUCGUAUUUACAUUCAAAAACAUGAGAAUGUUAGCAUUUUAUUUGCGGAUAUUGUUGGCUUUACUGUAUUGUCCUCUCAGUGUAGUGCACAGGAAUUAGUAAGACUGUUGAAUGAACUUUUUGGUAGAUUUGAUCAAUUGGCUCAUGACAACCAUUGUUUACGUAUUAAAAUCUUAGGAGAUUGUUAUUAUUGUGUAUCGGGUUUACCCGAACCACGUAAAGAUCAUGCCAAAUGUACAGUUGAAAUGGGUCUCGAUAUGAUUGAUGCUAUAGCUUCGGUUGUCGAGGCUACCGAUGUCAUGUUAAACAUGCGUGUCGGCAUUCAUACGGGUCGUGUUUUAUGUGGUGUUUUAGGUUUACGUAAAUGGCAAUUUGAUGUCUGGUCCAAUGAUGUAACAUUGGCCAAUCACAUGGAAUCGGGUGGUGAACCGGGUAGAGUACAUGUAACCCGUUCCACUUUAGACGCUUUAUCCGGCGAAUAUGAGGUAGAGGCAGGACAUGGUGAUCAAAGAUCAUCAUAUUUAAGAGAUCAUGGUGUUGAUACAUAUUUCAUAGUGCCACCACCACACAGGCGUAAGCCCUUAAUGUUAAAUACUCUCGGUGUCCGUUCAGCUAUUGGUUCUCGUCGUAAAUUAUCAUUCCGCAAUGUUUCGAAUGUGGUCAUGCAAUUGUUGCAUACCAUAAAAUUUUCCGAACCAGUGCCUUUCUCAAAUAUAGCCACUGGUUCUUUUCCCUCCUCUGCUGGCAGUGGCGGUGGUAGGGGCAGUACAGCAGGCGGUGAAAAUCAAUUGGAAAAAAGUACUAGAAAGGAUGCGGUAAUACGUCUACAAAAAAUCUUACAUGCUCCAACACCACCAGGUGGCGGUGUUACCAUACAAGUAGGAACAACUUCUAAUUCAACUUCGAAUACGAUUAGUCGCAUUCAUAGACAUAAUAAUCACAAAAAUAAAUCUAAAGUAACCGAUAAAUUUAAGAGACCCUUUCGCAAGCGUCACUCUUCGGUUCAUCAUCAGCCGACAAAUCGUGUAAAUCGUUUUCUUUCGCAAGCUAUAAAUGCUCGUUCUGUGGAUUGUGAUAAAUCUGAACAUGUGGAUCGUAUAACUUUAAAAUUUCGUGAGAGUGAUAAAGAAAGGGAGUAUCGUAAAGAUUUCGAUUUAGGUUUUACAACCGCUAUGGGCUGUUCACUUUUACUGUUGAUUUUGGGAGCAGCUUUACAAGUAACCGCUUUGCCCAGGACUUUGAUUUUAUUGUUAUUAUUUUUAACGGCAUUUGUGUGGGUGAGUGCUGUUUUAAUGCUUUUAUUGGCAGUACGUUUAAAAUGGAUCAAUUGGGAUCUAUCACAAAGUUUUACUUUACGUAUGGCCAUAACAAUAUUUACGGUGAUUUUGAUUUAUUCAGUGGGUCAAGUGAAUGUGUUUACCUGUGUUUCCGAUCAUCCUUGCUCGAGUAAUAUUACUACAGCGGCACCAACUUUAGAAGAAGAUCUGCUAAUGAUGGCCCAUCAAAGUGAGGCUCAUCGUAAAUGUUCUUUACCCCAAUAUGUUUCACUAUCAGCCACAUUUGCUUUACUAUCGGUUUCGGUAUUCCUAAGGUUACCUAUUAUAUUUAAAUCUUUGCUGGUCAUAAUGAUGGGUGUCAUUUAUAGUUUAUUUAUUGAACUAUCUCACACAAAUAUUUUUGAUUGUUAUGACAGUCGUGUCAACGCCUCGAUUCCACUUCAUUUAAUCUCAUUGGCUCGUAUAUUAAUUUUUAUGAUUGCCAUUCUUGUACAUGGUCGUUUAGUUGAGUGGACAGCAAGGUUAGAUUUUCUGUGGCAAUUGCAGGCAUCUCAAGAGAAAAAGGAAAUGGAUGUUUUGCAGGAGUCGAAUAAAAGAAUAUUGCACAAUUUGCUGCCAGCCCAUGUGGCUGCACAUUUUCUUGAUAAUCAAUUUCGCAGUAAUAUGGAACUUUAUCAUCAAAGUUACGCCAAGGUGGGUGUAAUAUUUGCCAGUGUGCCAAAUUUUCAUGAAUUUUAUACGGAAAUGGAUGGUUCCGAUCAGGGUCUAGAAUGUUUACGUCUGCUUAAUGAAAUUAUAGCAGAUUUUGAUGAGUUACUAAAAGAAGAACGUUUUCAUGGUAUUGAUAAAAUCAAAACUGUGGGUAGUACUUAUAUGGCUGUUGUAGGUUUAAUACCAGAAUACAAAAUCAAUCCGGUAGAUCAAAAUUCUGUAAGGCGUCAUAUGACCGCUUUAGUGGAAUAUGUUAAGGCUAUGCGGAUGUCUUUGCAAGAAAUAAAUAGUCAUUCCUAUAAUAAUUUUAUGUUAAGAGUUGGCAUUAAUAUUGGGCCUGUGGUGGCUGGCGUCAUAGGAGCCCGUAAGCCUCAGUACGAUAUUUGGGGCAAUACAGUUAAUGUGGCCAGUCGUAUGGACUCGACUGGCAUACCCGGCUAUACACAAGUUACUCAAGAAGUCGUAGACAGUCUGCAGGGCUCACAUUUUGAGUUUAAAUGUCGCGGCACUAUUAAGGUAAAAGGUAAAGGUGAUAUGAUCACCUAUUUCCUCAAUGACAACUCCAGCAAUGGCCUCAAUGGUGAAGUGCGUAAUGCCAUGAUUGGUAAUCGGCCAUCCUUUGGUCAGCUGCCACAAACCCAACUGGCUAGCCAAUUACAAACUACCGAGUAUUAUCAAAAGCAGUCACAAUAUCAAGACAACAACUAUCAUGUUAAUAUGAAUUCCGAAACCUAUAAUGUUAAAAAAGAUUUCGGUCUUAAUAAUAUGGAACAUGAGGGUAAUAAUGUCUUGAUAAAGGCCAACUCUAUGAAUGAAGAACAACAGUUAUUGCUGCAACAUAUGCAGCCACAACAUCAUCAACAUCACUUACAACAGCAGCAACAGCAAAGAAUGAAUAGUAAACUGCAGAAGCAACCAUUCCUUGCCAAUGGUGGAUUGCCGAAUAUACAUGAAAAUGGUCAUAAUGGUGAACAUAAUGGUAAUGAGCAUAAUGGUUUCACUAAUGGUUACAACAAUUAUCCAGGUGGAGGCGGAGGUGGCGGUGGCAAUGAUUUCUCACAGCAACAACAACAGCAGCAGCAACAGGCAGCUGCUCAGCAUCAGCGUCAACAUUCUUCUAGUUCUAUGAGCAGUAUGGGUUUAAAUCCUAAUUCCAUAACACAACAACAGCAACAACAACCUUUACCUCAACCACCUUUACCACUACCACCACCACCUCUAACAUCAUCUACAUCAGCAAUGUCCAAUGUACCACCCGCCCUACAACAACAUCAUCAACUCCAAAAUCAACAACCAGCAUCAUCCCUGACAUCAUCAUCGGUAAUGUUCCGUGAACAAUUUAAUAUUAUUGAAAAUCCUAGCAAUAGUCGUUAUAAUAUUCUUAAUAAUUAUAAUAAUCCUCCUACUCCUCUUUCACAACAUUUAAUGCAUCAUCACCAACAACAUCAACAACAACACAAUCAACUGCAACAACAAUUACAUCAAAAUAAACAAAUUCAACACGAUCAAUUGCAAUUACAACAACAGCAACAACUACAAAUGCAUGAUCCUUACGCUCCGCUGGAAAAUUUCAAUAAUUUGUUAUAUGGUGCCGCUAACGGUGGUAAUGGUAAACGUGAACAAAUGCAUGCAUCCUUCAUCCAUACAACAACUACAACAAAUCUAACUACUACUUCUACUACUACACCAACUUCUACUACUUCUGCUACUACUGCAUUAAAUAAUUAUCAUCAUUAUUUGUAUCAGCAUCAUCCGGCAAUGCAACAGCAUCAUCAUAAUCUUAAUAAUCAUCUAUCACAUCUUAAUAAUUAUCAUCAUCAACAACAACAUAAUAAUAAAAACUAUCAGCAACAACCAACACAACAGCAAACAUCAUCGUUAUCCUCUUCGCCCAUUUUGACUCACAACAACUCAAAUAAUCAUUUCAACAAUUAUCACAAUUGUCGCGAAAGUGAACCGUUGUUGCUUGCCACUCAAGUGGCCAAGAUAAUGCCCAUGCAACAUCAUCAGCAAAUGCAUCAUACUCCCAAUAAAUAUGAACCACCACGUUAUAUGUGUCCCAAUAAUUUGUUUAUACAACAACAGCAACAACAACUCCAACAGAAUUACCAGCACUACCAACAACAUCAGCAACAACAAUAUCCUCUCUACUCCCAACAACCACAACCUCCUCUACCAGCCCUACCACCCAAACCUGCCACCUUAACAACGAGUCUAAAACAGAAUACACCUCUUCUACGAUCAUACAUGAAGCCUCUACCGAAGCUACCAACUGAACUGGAAGAGAGUCGCGAAAUGUCUUCCACAGAUGAUUUAAGUUCACGACCUCAUUCGCCCUCAAUGAGUUCGUCCGACGAAAGCUAUUCCAAAACCACCGAGGGAGAGGGUGAAGAAGACUCACCUCGCAUAACAGCAACUAAUAAUCUUGUUACACGCAAUGGUGGCAAUCCCUUACAAUGGCUAUAUCCCUGUGACAUACAAGUGGAUCCCACUUCACCUGUCAUCGACAUGUCCAAUCUAAAAGAUUUUGAAGUGAGUUCCACAACAGAAAGUCAGGGUCAGUAUACUACCACAACGCAAAAUAAGGGAGACUCUUGUAAUAGUUUUGAAUAUCAAGAUCGUUUGUUACUGGCCCAAAGCAAACAGGGUAAUGGUAAUGGUCAGACAUCGAUUAGUGGCAAUCAAAAUGCUACCAAAUCACCAUUUGAGAGGGAAUUGCAAAGACUUUUAAAUGAAUCCUCUAGAGCUAGAGGUUUAGCUACAACAACACACAAUUCAACAGCAGCUACAGCGUCCUCAUCGACGGGUGGCAAUAUAACAUCCGUUUCGGGAGGCAAUGCUGAAGGCGGUAACACCACCAGCAACAGCAGCAGUCGCAACAACAUAGACAUCAGCUACUCUGGCAGUAAUAGUAAAUUAAGUUCGAAUGGUCUAAAUGUGGCCGCUGGAAUUGGAGGAAGUGGUAGUCUGGGCAGUAAUGGUAACUUGAGUGGAAGUACUCCACUGAGUGGCAACAAUAAUUUGAAGAAUGUUACCACUGCUAUGGCAGCCACCAUAUUGGAUGAAUUAAAUUCACCUACAACGGGAAGACAACUGGGAUCGAAGAUACCUGUGAGUACAAGUUUUAUGAUAGCCAAACAUCCGGUGGGGCUAGAGGCUAUAAAAGAGAUAACUAGGAACAAAAAUCCAUCAGAAUCCAGUCAAAUGCAAACAUCCGACACCGAAUCCUGUGAAAUAUUACAUGAAACACGUAAUCAACUAAAUUUGGCCAUGAUGGAUAUGACCAAUAAAUCUUCGACCUCUACUAAUGGUACAAACUACAACAAUUAUCCUCAGCAUAUACAAAAUCAACAGCAGCAACAACCACAACAACAGCAACCAAUUGCUACCAAAGAACAUAAUCAUCGUCAUCGUAUGCGACCACGUUCCAAAGAUUUCGAUCAAAGUCACGAAAGUCUUGAUCAAUUAGACGAUCCUGCGGAUAAUAAAAAUUCGCGGUAUAAUCGUCAUCAUCAUCACCACCACCAUCAUCAUCAUACAAAUCAUCAUGGUCACAAUCAUCAGCGACAACGGAACAAUCAUCAACAUCUUGUCAAUAAUCAUGAUGAAGAUGAACGUGACGAUACCGAAGAUAAUUUGGCCGAUGAAGAAUUUGAAGAUGAUGAAGUGGGACGUGAUGUACGUAAGAAACGUUUAGCGCAACCCGACAUGGUCAAUAAUCAACAUCAGCAACAGCCACAAAAUCAUCAUCAACAUGGACCAUAUCAUAGUGAAGAUGAUUUAGACGAUGAGGAUGAUCAUGAAUGCGGUCCUGAGGAGGCUUUAGUCGGAGCUUUAUCGAAUGGUUUGCACGAUCAUCGCAGCGAUUUAAUAGAAGCGAAUGUGAUAAAUGAUGAGCUCAAAUAUGGUGCCGGACAUCAUAAUCAUCAAUCGAUGGACUCGAAUCAUUUGGAAAGUCAAUCCGAGUGGUCGGAUGAUGAUUGUAGGGAAGAAGCUACAGGUGGUGCUGAAUCCACUGGCUAUAUCACCGAUGAACCGGGUUUGGAAAAUAUAUCUUUAUUAAAUGAGGCAGGUUUAACCGAUGCCGAAGGUGCUUUAUCCGAUGUCAAUUCUUUAUAUAAUGCCCCAGAUGUUGAUGAUACAUCUGUUUCCAGUCGUGCCAGUUCCAGACUAUUAAGUUUAGAUUCAUUAAGUGGUUUAUAUGAUUGUGAUAUGGAUUCAAAACACGAAAUGGCCAUUGUAAAUGUAUCACAUAAAAUAACAAGUAAAUUUGGAACACCACAACAACAACAGCAGCAACAGCAAUCACAACAUCAACAACACCAGCAACAACAAAGUUAAUUAAACCUUUAACGAUUACUUUACUAAAUACUAGUAUAGGUGGUAAGCAAGAGAAAUUAGAAAGUGAGCACAUCAUCCAUAAACAUUCUCUCCUUAAAUUAGAAAUUAAGAGACAAAACUAAAACAUUUUUUUUUUCAAAAUCUAUUUUCCUUAAGAUGUAUGUGGUGCAUAUAUUCAAAACCAAGAUGAUAUAAAGAAAACCUAAAAUUUAUUUAAAAAUGGUGUCUAUUAACAACUUAAUACUACUUAAUUAGAUGUGUAUGUGUUAAAUAUAUAUUUAAAGAAAAAAGUAAAAAUAAAUAAAGUAUUUUUUGAUAGCAGUAUAUUUAGAUUUAACCAAAAAAAAAAACAAAAAAUAUACAAUUUAUCAAAAAGAUUAUAAAGUAAAUCUUCAUAAAAGGUACAUAAACUUUAAGUUAUCAAGUCAAGUCAAAGAAAUAUUUAAGUUAAUUAGAAAUUCUCAAUUGUAAAUGUUACUACAAAAAAGGCAACAACAUUGCUGCUGUAUACAUGUAUCUAAAUAUGUAUUAACAAUUUAAUGCUUUAUAAACAAUGCUUAAUUAAACAAACGAUAAAAUGUAAAACAAGAGAACCUUAAUUAAAUAUCCCGGUUAAAAAAAAAUACAAAAAAUAUUUCCAAGAAAAUACAAUUAGUAAACAAAAUUUUGCGCUUCAUGACAAAAAAGUUUUUGUUUAAAAGUAAAGAAAAUAUAAACAUAAAAUUCAAUUUUAAAUAAA